GCGCUUUCAGUUCGCGGCAUCUGUGCAGCUGAUCGAAGACGGCUUUGUUUGUGUCUGCAAACAAAUAUUAAUCGGAUUUCUUCGGGAGUUUCCGCCCAGCUUUGUGUUCAAACAUGGCUGCUGCCGCCUGUCUGCUGACUGAAGAUCAGUUUCUGUGCGCCAUCUGUCUGGAUGUGUUCACCGAUCCGGUCAGCACACCGUGUGGACAUAACUUCUGCAAAAACUGCAUCACUGAACCCGUUGACGCCGACGUCCCGUUCCAGUGUCCCCUCUGCAUGAAGAUGUUCUACCCAAAGCCCGAGCUGCAGGUCAACACUCUGAUCUCUGAGAUGGUCGAUACCUUCAGACGGGCAGAGCAACAGCCAGCCAGACAGGAAGAAGUUCUUGGGUUAGGCUUAAAACCAAUGGCGCUGCUUCUUUGUGUGAUGUUUCUUUCAUUACUUCUGGACUGCAUGAAAUUCAAUCAUCCUUUGGAAGAAAUGAGUAAAGGAGAGAAAGGGGUGAAGAUGGAGGCUGAAAUCCAGCAGAUGAUCGAGGAGAUCCGACUGAAGAUUGAGGAGCUCAAACACUCAGUGGAGCUCGGUAAAGAGGACGCAGACAGAGAGAUGGCAGAUGGCGUUCAGGUCUUUGCUGUUCUGAAGGAGUAUGCCGAGAAAGGUGAGGCCAAGCUCAUGGAGACCAUCAGAGAGAAGCAGAGACAAACAGAGCUGCAGGCUGAAAGCUUCAUCAGAAAGAUGGAGCAGGACAUCCGUGAGCUGAAGAAGAGGAAGACGGAGGUGGAGCUGCUCUCUGUGCUUCAGCUGGAAGAAACUGCAGAGAUGAAGGAGAAACUACCCAAGAUGCUCGCCAUGGCCAAGCUGUGGAGGGUCCAGAGCUAUGCAGUGGACGUGACAUUCGAUCCAGACACAGCAGAUCCUUACCUCGUCCUGUCUGAUGAUGAGAAACAAGUACAUGAUACCUAUGUGAUGAAACAUCUUCCCUACAACUCAGAGAGAUUUUAUUACAGUGCUGCUGUUUUAGGAAAACAGAGUUUCUCUUCAGGCAGAUUUUACUUUGAGGUUCAGGUUGAAGGAAAGAGCGAGUGGACUUUGGGAGUGGCCAGAGAGUCGAUCAACAGGAGGCGAGACAUCACACCGAGUCCUGCAGACGGUUUCUGGACUGUAGGCCUGAGUAAUGGAAAUAAAUACAAAGCUGGCCCUGAUGUCACUCUCUCUCUGCAGUCUGCUCCUAAGAAGGUGGGAGUGUUUGUGGAUUAUGAGGAUGGCCUGGUCUCCUUUUAUGACGCUGAUACUGCAGCUCACAUCUACUCCUUUACUGGCUGCUCCUUCACUGAGAAACUCUACCCAUACUUCAGUCCUGGACUGGAAGAUGAUGGUUGGAACUCUGCACCUCUGAUCAUCACCCCCAUCAAUUAAAGACGGCUCAUUCUGCUUUUCUGUAUUUACUUUCAUCAACAACAGGCGAUUCUGAUAUUUACCUUCAGUUGGCAGUCUUUGGUUAUUUAUACUAAACCUCACCAGCAAGAUCCCAGGGCCUCCAUCACUCAGACUUGGAGGUGCUGACCCUCAUAGCGCCACGUUCAUGUUGAACGUCACCCUCCUCACCUCGGCUACACACUUGAUUAGCACAAACACAAUCUGAGACAAGGCAUGACCCUGCCUGAGUCCAGAUCAACCAGGGCCAUGCCUUGGUCCAGGAUCAUCCAAUAACACGAUGAUGUGCAUGCUAUUAGAAUUCCCAGCAGUCAUGUGUGUAUAAAACAAAUAGGCAUCAGGCAAAACCCCCACUGAGCUUCACCAGCUCAACAUCACCACUGGGCUGGAGGUCCAACAGCACUGGAUGAAAGGAUGAAUUUAGUACAUUUACUCUAGUACUUCACUGAAGUAAAGUUUUAAUGUACUUGUACUUUCUUUGAGUAAUCCACUGUAUUUUGGGUGAAAAUGAUGUAUUUUGUCCUCUAUUUUCCAACUUUCU